GAGUGAAGAUGUCUAACCAGAAAGGAAUAUUAGAUGCUGGGAUCUAUGAGAACUUUAAAAUUGCUAAAAAUAAUGGCACGUGUUGAAAUAUGUUUAGAUUCAUCCUGGUCUUAAAGUAUUUUUGGGACAUGGUAAGCUGUGGGACACUACGAGUACUAUAGGCAAGGUACAAAGACAUCUCCCUUCCUUCAGCCACGGGGCUCUCCCUAAUAAUGCUAGGAGUUAAAAUGAAUCAUUUAUGAGCAUCAGUAGACAAUGGGUGGGGCCUUUUUGUAAACUGGUAUUUUGUUGAUGCAACAAGUGUGACAGCCUUUUAGUUCUGAAUAUAAAUGUUACUGAGAGGAAAUUAGGUUGUUUCACAGAGGAGAUCAGCCAGACCUUGCAGUGCACCUUGCUGAGGAGCAGGUACCUCCACCAGUACUGUGCUUCAGAUACUAGUACAUGUUGAAGAAAAAUGGAAGUCAUUGAGCUGGGAGAAAUCGACUUGAACUGUCCUUCCAACUGUCAAAUUCAUAAUACCCACUUCUUUGGCACUGACAGACAGAUAAUAAGGAGAGGACAAGCCUUCAGCUUUUAUGCUUGUUUCCAAAAUCGGGAAUGGGAUGACUCCGUGGACCAGGCCAUUUUCACCGUGGAGACAGGUCUCAGACCCUGUGAAUCAAAUGAGACAAAGUGUACCUUCCCAAUGGGCAGAUGUCUAGAUCAAACCUGCUGGAGUGCUUCCUACAAAAUUCAUCAGCCAAAAUGCAUCAACAUCAGCGUGUUUCUUCCCUCCAAUGCCUGUAUUGGCCGUUAUAUUCUCAAUAUGCAAAUCACGUCUUGUGGUCAUACAUAUCAGCGAUGUCUUGGAGAUUUUUAUGUGCUUUUUAACCCUUGGUGUGCAGAUGACCCUGUAUAUAUGGACAAUCAAUCCCACAGAGAAGAAUAUGUUCUGAAUGAACAUGGCUUACUCUAUGAAGGAGUUCACAAGCAUAUUACAUCUCGACCAUGGCACUUUGGACAGUUUGAAGAUGGAAUUCUUGAUAUCUGCUUGAAGAUACUAGACAUGGGUGCAAGUUACCAUCAUGGCUCUGAUCGUGACCAUUGUUGGCGCAAUGAUCCUGUGCAUGUCAGCAUGGUGGUAAAUCACAUGAUAAGCAGCCAUACCACUAACAGUAUCAUGAAGAUUCCAGAAAACAAUGAUUACCUGAAAGGAACAAAACCAUUUUCCUGGAAUGGAAGUGUCCCUAUUCUUCAGCAGUGGUACAGUGGCAGGUGCAGGCCAGUCAGAUAUGGGUACUGUGGGUCUCUUGCUUCAGUAAUGUGCACAGUGAUGAGGUGUUUGGGAAUUCCAAGCCGUGUUGUCACGAGCUUCUGUUUUCCAUGCUCAAUUGAGAAUCCUCUUGGUGUCAAUGAGAUUUUUGACUGUACUGGAAAAAGCCUAUGUGGGAAAGACAAGAUAUGGAGAUAUCACUGCUGGAAUGAAUCUUGGAUGGCUCGUAGAGACCUAAAUCAGUGCUGUGGUGAUUGGCAGUGUCUGGAUCCAACUCCUCUGGAAACAGGCAGAGGUUCAUCUUGCAGUGGUCCUACAUGGGUUCGAAGCAUCAGAGAAGGUGAACUGGACUUGGACUAUGAUGGUCAUCACAUGUUUUCUCGAGUAAAUUCAAACUAUGUUGGCUGGCUUUCUCAAAACAACGCCAAAAAAAUAAAAUUCUUCUGCGAUGCUUGGCCAUGUGGAAAACAUAUAAUCACGAAGAGUGUUGGCAGUGAGCAAUUUGAAGAUAUCACUGGGUCUUACAAGUAUGAACUAGGUUCUGUGAAAAACAAAGAAGCCUAUUUCCGUGCUUAUAGAAGAAUUCACCCAGGGUACUGCAAUGCUUCCAACUGCCACAUUGAAAGAGAGUUAUCGUCUCUGAAAAACCCAUUUUUGUGUGACUCUGGUGUUAACAUGCGGUUAAAGAUGGCUAACUGCCCAAUGUAUGGUGAAGAUGUCCAGCUGCAGUGGCUGCUUGAAAAUUUGCGUAGUGAAAACAAAACCCUUAAGUUUAAUUUGUGUGCACAAAUAAUAACCUACAGUGGUUGCCCAAUGGAUCAGUUUUGGAAAGACAGUGUGAAUGUCACAUUGGGUCCAAGGGAAGUGAAAAAAAUCCCACUAUGUAUAUCAUAUAGUCAGUAUGGACCUUAUCUCUGUGAUCACAAUAUUAUGAAAUUAGUUGCUGUCUCAGAUCCAGAGUGUGGAGAAGUUCUUAUGGUGAGCAGGGAUAUUGUGAUCAACAGGCCACCUGUUAUUGUAAAGCUACUGAGCCAGCCCAGGCUGAAGGUACCAUGUACUGCAGAGAUUUCCUUCUGCAAUCCUCUCCAGGAAGAUAUGAAGAACUGUGUGAUGACAUUAGAAGGCUGUGGUUUAUUCAAAGAGCCAAUGACCAUUGAUUUAGGAACACUGGCGUCCAACCAACAGGCACGGACCAUAGUGGAGUUCACACCUUACAGGCUUGGCAGCCACCGGCUUCUGGCCAACUUCGGAUGCCACAAGUUUGCCUACUGCAAGGGAUGCGCCAAGGCUGAAGUGUGUAGUCCCGUGGGCCAGAAUGGUACUUUGCCCGUCAGCCAGAAUGGGUCACUCCCAGUGUGUGAGAACGGCUCCAUGCCCAUCAACACCUCCGGGCCUAUCCCUGUGACAGAUCCUGCAUUCAACUCCAUGUGUGAAUAUAUAUGUAUUCCAGUGUGCAACCCAAACUGCGGUGCAGGGGGCCAGGCUGUGUACGACUUUGUGUACCUCCCUGCAGGCCACCCCUUAUGCAACACCAUCUGCAACCAAGGCUUCAAUCCAAGCAUGACUCCUGGCUUCGACCUGGGAUGUGAUCCUGGCCUCCGUGUCAUAUGUGAGACUGUGCCUCCCGCAAUGUGCACCCAGAUGCCUCCAUCCGUGUAUGCCUCCAUGCCUGCCCCAACAUCCAACCCCAUGUGCACCCCUACACCUCAUGUGGUGUUUGAGGCUGGACCUGCUCCUGCACAGCAGCCUGGAGGCGGAGGGGGGCCAAUGUCCUACUCUGUCUCUGUCCCCGCAAAUAAUGCGGUGAGUGCCCUGCUGACCCACUUCAUGGCUGGCUCCAGUCCCACUGUGGCAACCCAGGCAGUUCCUACCCAUAUGUCUGCUCCACCCUCCCACUCUGUGUGCUCUCCAGUAGUCCACACCACUGGCAGUCCCAUGCCACAACCUGUGCCCCUUUCGGUGCCUGCUGCCUCCAUCUCACACGUUGUCUGUGGUUCUGCACCCUCUCCCACCUCCCAGCCUCCAUGUGGCCCAAUGGCCACCCUGCCCUCCCAACCUCUGAGCGCCCCAGUAGCCCACGCUGUGUGCUCUCCAGGCCCUUGCCCGGCACCUUCCCCGGUGCCCGUCUCUGCUGCCCGUAGUGGUACCCCCGCAGGGCUGCAGAUGGGGAGCACCCCAGCGGUCCACAGCCCGUGCUCCCCAGCCCCCCGCCCCGUGGGACCUCCAGCAUCCCACUCGCUGUGCUCUCCUGCCCCUCGCCCGGUGGGGCCCCCGGCAGCCCAUUCCCUGUGCUCCCCUGCUGUUGUGUCACUGGGGUCUGUGGCAGCCCGCACCUCAAGCUCACCUGCAGCUCGCCCUGAGGACUCGUCCGCAGCCUGCCUCCCGUGCUGCCCAUCUCCACAAUCCCUGGCAGCUACCACGGCGCGCUCCGUCUGUGUCCCCACCUCUCGCUCCAUUUCACGAGUUGUGGGCACCCCGGGGUCUCGCUCGGUGUGUGGCCCUCAGUGGGGCCCCUCCAGUGACACCACUGCUCGCUCAGGCUCCCACUCCACCUGGGCGCCUGCCUCCCACUCAUCCUGGAGUCCUGUGGGGUGCUCGAGCUACUCUCCCUUGUCCCGCACUGCCUACAGCACGCUUACACGCCCUCUGUACAGCUCCUUGUCCCGCUCCUCUUACAACACCUUGUCCCGCUCUGCCUACACUACUCUACCCCGUUCCACCUCUCCCUCUGCCUAUGCCACUCUGCCCCGCUCCGGGCUGCGCCCCUCUGGCAGCGCCCUGUCCCAGUCUGGGUCCCGCAGGCCCUGGAGCCCCAGCAGGAGCAGUAUCACUUACUUCAAACGCAAAUACCUGUAAUGGGAAGUAACUUGGGGGAAAAGGCAAAGCCGGUGAAUUAAAGCUGGUGCACAGAUGAUUUGAAAGAGGUUAGGAAUAGGAUGACAGAGAGCAGUGUGCGUAGUCCUAAGAAUUUAUCCACAUAUUUGAGAUGUGCCAGAAAGCAAGCUGCUAACAGUCUGCUGAGGAAUGCAUUUGAUGUGACGCUCGCAUGUCUUGAGAUACUGUACAGUGGAAGUGACAAAUGAACGUGCUCUCCAUGGAGUCUUAGUGACAAUAGUUUCACAGUGCAGGUAAUCGGUCUUACUUGCCUGGUCAAAUUGUUUCAUAUAUGGUGUGCUUUCACUCUCUCUUCUCUUGUUUUCUUUUAAUGCAUAUUUCUCAGAUCUCCCUGGGCUACAGCACUAAUAGCAAAUCUCUCUCUGUGCAUGAAAUGUGCUGUCCUUGGGACACUGAAAAUAGGUGGCAGCAGACCUGCCUUACAUCUCACCUAGCAGACAUUGGGCCCUUGAGCCUCAGUAUUGUUGUGGCUCAGGUCGGUUCUCCAUGCACUCAUAUUUCCUUAGUUAUGAGGUAAUGAAAACUGUGGAGGUCAUGGAGUAACUAAAUCAUUACAAAUCAACUGAUUUUUUUUUUUUAAAGGCAUUAUAAUAAAUUUAGUAUUUUUAUUCUUGAUGUAUUGUUGUUCCAGAGUCCGGAAUCCAAAGGUCAGAUUAGAAAGACUGCAAAACUCAAUGAACAAUUAAUACCUAUACCAAUGUAUUGGCUUUCACAGAUUAAUUUUUCUCAUGUAGAAUAUUUCACAAAUUUCCUCAUAUUUGUUGCAUGCAUUUAGGUUAAUGGAAAAAGCUGUGAUUCCAGAAGCUAUGCCAUUUUGAUUCACUAUAACUAAGAAACUUUUGUCACAAGAGAAGGAAGGAUGAUGAUAUCCCUUCUUUCCAGUACCCAGCCUCCCAACUGAAAGGUCAAGGAAGUGAAAGGAACUGCAUUUUCUUCUUCAGAUAAUUGGUACCGUUUCAUUGCUAACUUUCUCAUGGUGUUUUAAGAGUCAAAAUCAUACACUGUCAUAAUGGAACUGUCCCCGAGUUUUGGAUUUUAUGACGCUUCCCAUUUCUCCAUUAUUUUUCUCUAGUGCUUCAUCAUUUUUAGUAGUAAAUGUUAGUGGGGUUUUGUGGUAAGAGAGAUAAUUUUACUUAUGCUGCAGAAGCUUCAGUCAUGUAGCAAUAGUAUUUCAGUAGUAUCACAGUAGUUCACCCCCCUUUGUAUUGUGAUGAGACUGAGUAACCUUCCAGGGAUUUUGAAAAGGUGUGGUGUCAGAUGUUAGCUAUGAACGUACCAACUGUGUCAGAUAUAUGUUAGUUCUGAGUACAUUAGAAGAAAUCUUUACCUGGAUAUUGUAGUAGAGUGGUCACUA